AUGCAAUCGAUUGUAAAUUGUCAUACAAUAAGCAAUGAAGAGAUUGAGAACCACUUAGAAAUGGGACGACUAAUGCUUUCUCGCGGCCAAUACUCUGACGCCCUCUCACACUAUCACAUGGCUGUCGAAGCGGAUCCCAACAAUUAUCUAACGAUCUUUAAGAGAGCGACAGUAUAUCUGGCGUUAGGCAAACACAAGGCAGCUCUCGAUGACCUCAACGAAGUGAUUGUACUCAAGCCUGACUUCUUGGCCGCUCGUCUCCAGAGGGGAUCAGUUCUCCUAAAACAGGGCCGACUCGACGAAUCACACAUUGAUUACGAAUGGGUUCUCCGGUUAGAGCCCUAUAACGAAGAAGCGGUUCACUCGUACUCAAUGAUAGAGCCGCUGAAACACGACAUCCAAAUGGCCUAUCGUUUGAUUGAAGACCACAGUUGGGCGGAAGCGGUGGAACUGUUGACACGCCUUCUCCAUGAGCUGCCCUGGGAUUGCAAACUACGGGAAAUGCGAUCCAACGCUUACGAAAGGUUAGGCGAUAUCGUGAACGCCAUCAGCGACUUGAGGGCUACAACGAAGAUGCGCUCCGACAACACCGACGGCUACUUAAAGCUGAGUAAAUUGCACUUCGAUUUGGGCGAAGCCGACGAAUCACUCAACACUAUCAGAGAGUGUCUUAAGUUAGAUCCCGACCACAAACUCUGUUUUACACACUAUAAGAAAGUGAAAAAGUUGGCCGCAAUUGUCAAAGCUAUGAACGAGUUCGCGGCGGAGGGACAGUACAAAGAGUGCGCCGAAAAGGCCAGAUCUGCUCUCAAACACGAGUCUGAAAACAUGAAUAUGAUUCAUGUCAUCAAAUCUAAACUAUGCCAUUGUUUAUCUAAAGGAGGCGAUGCCAACGAAGCCGUUACCGUAUGUUCAGAGGCUUUGAAAUUAUAUCCCCAAGACGUGAAUGUUCUGUGCGAUAGAGCCGACGCUCAUCUCAAUAAUGAGAAUUAUGACGACGCGUUGAGUGACUAUAAAAAAGCGUCACAAAUGGACGAACACUCGUCUCGAGCUGAGGAGGGAAUAAAGAGGACACAGAAGUUGGAGAAACAGAGCAAAAAGAGAGACUAUUACAAGAUAUUAGGCGUCGCUCGCAAUGCGAACAAGAAGGAGAUCGCGAAGGCGUACCGCAAACUGGCGAUGCAAUGGCAUCCGGACUUAUUCUCGGGCGACGAGAAAAAAGCGGCCGAAAAGAAAUUCAUUGAUAUCGCGUCCGCCAAAGAAGUGCUGACGGAUCCCGAGAAGAGGCAGAAGUUUGACAACGGAGAGGACCCGCUCGACGCCGAGGCUCAGGCCAGCGGCGGAUUCCAUCCAUUUGGUGGUCAGGGAUUCAAUCCUUUCGGUUCGAACAAUGGAUACCAAUUUAAGUUUACGUUUAAUUAG